UAUGGCACUCACACCUCCCAUCAAUCAGAUGAGUGUCCUUGGAAUAAUCUCAAUACCAGGGAUGAUGACUGGCGCCAUACUCGGUGGCUCAUCUGUGCAGCAGGGGGCAAAAAUGCAGAUGAUUAUAAUGUUCAUGAUCUGUGCCAGCACCGCGCUUGCGUCUAUCUUUACUACGGCAUAUGCUAUCAGCGUCGUGGUAGAUGAAGAGCACCGGAUUCGGUUGGACCGCAUUGAUUCGGAACAACUGGCGUUAUGGAAAGCCAGGUCGGCCAUUGUUGAAUAUAUGAAUGGGUCUGUCCAACGCGGCUAUCUCUGGGUGCGAGGUUGGAGGAGCCACAUGGAAAGCCCCACCCAAGAAGAAGGGGAUGUGUUGCUGGAGACAAGGCAUUGAAUGGCA